AUGCCGCCAAAGAGAAAGCCUUCUCAAAAAUCAGAGACAAACAAACAGAAGAGACACAAGGAUGAACUAACUGUGUUGUCAUUGGAGGAUGUAACUUCACUUGGAGAGCAGAUUCGAGAUGCAUCAAAGUUUAACAACUUUAUCACUUUGCUCAGUCUAUUACAAAGAAUUCCGAGCACUUUUAUGGAAAAGGAGGUUACAGACACAGAGAAAAUGGGCCGCCAUAUUCUUCUUACCCUUUUCGAACGAUUUGAAGCAUUAUUCAAGGAGGGGAUGAUGGUAGGAUCCAAGAAACACAACGAAAAGCAAAGACUAGUCGUCAACUGGUUGGCAGAUAAAUACAAAGCUUUUAAAUCAACAAUACUCAAGAUGUUACUGACUGAUCUAUCCAAUGAAACGUCAUUGCAAUUAGACUCAAUGGAAGUUUUUUUGAAUCUCAUCAAGUUGGAAAGUCAAACUUUAGAAAAGCAAUUUCCCAAAAAGACGUAUCAGCUAUUUCUUGAAGCAAUAUUACAUAGUAACAUAGGCAAAGUCUUGCCAGAUGGAUCAUCUAAUAACUUCAUCGUUAUGGAUUUUGCUGACACUUUCAAGCACCACUGGGAUUUGCAAUUUUACUUUUUCGACAAUUUGAAUGAGGUAUUAUGUUCUUGGAAGGACGAUUUAUCUGAAAAGGAACUUCAGAGAAUAUUUGCAAACUUUGUCACGAUUAUACGAAAUGGACUCCAAUUUCAUUCGGAGGACCUCGAGAAUGAAAAUACACUUGUUGUAAAAGAUAUAUUGCCAUCAACCAUUUACAAACACAACAAGUUCAAAUCGCAUUUUCAAAAAUGUGUGUUGUCACUUUUAUCGUACCCAUUGUCUUCAUCUCAAUACAAAUUGAUCUUGUCCAUUCUACAUAAACGAAUCAUUCCAUACAUGUCACAACCUCAGAGCCUAAUGGAUUUCUUAACAGAUGCAUAUAAUUUACAGGACGACUUGAUUAUACCAAUUUUAUCACUCAACUCGCUUUACGAGUUGAUGAAGAGCUAUAAUUUGGAGUAUCCCGAUUUUUACUCCAAAUUAUAUUCGUUAUUGAGACCUGAGUUGUUUUACACGAGGUAUAGAUCUAGAUUCUUUCGGUUAUGUGAUUUGUUCUUGUCAUCCACCCACUUAUCUGCAAAUUUAGUGGCUUCAUUUAUAAAGAAACUAGCAAGAUUAUCGUUGACAUCAAGUGCGUCAGGUGUGGUUAUCAUCAUCCCAUUCAUUUACAAUUUGUUGAAAAGACAUCCAACUUGUAUGAUAAUGUUGCAUAAUACAGACGACAAUGCACAAGUUGGAGACCCCUUUGACAAUCUUGAGACGAAUCCUUUAAAUACGCAAGCCAUCAAAUCAUCGCUCUGGGAAUUAGAAACGUUGAUGAGGCAUUAUCAUCCAAAUAUCGCCACGUUGGCCAAAAUUUUUGGUGAACCAUUUCGAAAGCCGAACUACAAUAUGGAGGACUUUUUGGAUUGGAGUUAUCAGAGUUUGUUGGAAACUGAAAAAUCGCGUAGAUACAAGAGUCAAGCUGCUCUUGAAUUUGAAACCUUCGAUGGUGUUUUGUCAGAGAAGGAUAAGGAAGGAAAUUACUUGCUUCAAGGAUGGAAUUUAUAA